AUGGGAACCCUAAUACGCGAAGAACGUUGCGCCGCAGCGCACUUCCCCCCAUUUCCCAUUCUUCUUCCUCCUCUCAACCCCCAUAACCACCACCUCAACCUUUCCGGCCACCACCUCCGGCCAACGCACACACUCUCUCAACCACCACCACGUCCCUCUCUCUCGCCCCUCCACUCACUCCCUUUCUCCCUCCACUCCGGCUCUCUCCACUCCACUCACUCCCUUUGUUCGCGGCCACCACCGCCGCCGUCCACCGCAGCCGCCAUUGCUCCUCACUCGCCCUUUCCUUCAUUCACUUCGUCUUCUCCCAUACACUCCCUCUCCUCUCUCUCUUUUGGCCGAACCCCCGCCGCCGCUCAUCUUUCCGGCCACCGUCCACGGCGGCGCAGCUCCUGGCCUAUUCCACCCCCCCAAUUUCAUUUCCAUCCCUAG